CAAGGGAGUGAUGUAAUAGACAUCAUUAACACGGAUUGCUGGUUCACGGGACUCGUGCUGUAACACACAAGGAUAUAAAAAUCCCAAGUGGGUUGGCCGAAGUUCAGAACAGACACAGGAGUUGUACACUGUGCAGAUCAGACCGUCACUUGCAGAUGUGGCUGACGGCUGUCAACUUAGACAUACAGACAUCAACCGCUCUGCUGGCUCAAGAUUUUUCCGCUAUUUUUCCCUGAUUUUUUUUUCCUGCUGUGACAUCCAAUGCUUGUCAGUCUAAAUCUGCGUUAUUUCAGACAGUGCAGAGUUUUUUUUUUACUUGUAUACAACUGUUAUCAGUGUAAUAAGCUGACCAGAUUGAAACUGUUUCAUUACGAGAAAUCCUUGGUGUGACACGUGAAUGACACCCAACCGGGCUAAUUACAGACAGCGGCUAAAUUGAGCACGAGGGACCACUGAUUAUGUUUAACGAGGUCAACCCUAAGUCUGUUGGCUUGUUGGACUUGAGAACCACACUUGACAGUGGACAUUGAAUAGUGCCCGCAGAGAUCUUCAAGUAAAAUCUAUUACAGAGCAGCAUCGUGAUUUUCCAUUUCAUCAAUUGGGCAGUGGCUGUACUUUUAAUGUGCCAAUCAACGGCUCAAGAAAGGAAAUGAGUUCUGUGGCUGAGUGGUCGUAACACAACAUCAACACCUCGGAUAAAUGCUGAUUGAGGCCCGGCUCACUCAUCGAUGACUUUUGAAGUACGUCACAUAUUUGUCAGCCAAGAGACACACUCUUAAGUGCGUGGGUUUUUCUUACCAGUCGAACUGCUCAACUGAAGACACAAUAAAUACCAGUCAACUUUUGCAGGUAAAGAGUUCUUUGAUAUUGUAUAGCUUUAGAUAAAAGGGACCUGGUGCAAUGUGACUUCAAAGACGAGCCGGCUGUUGCGUCCCUUGAACUGUGGUUUACAAAGGAAAUUUUGACUACUUGGAUGGAAGAUGAAACGUUAUUCAUUUGACAUUUUACAAAAAAGAAAUGAAGACCGAGCUUUUCAUUUCUGCAAAGAUUUAAACUGCCAACAGCAAACUACCUCCCCAAAUACAGAUACCUUCUUUUGAAAAGACUUCAACUGAACUACAUUGCCAUUGUUAAUUUUUCUAACAAGGCAACAAAGGGACAAUUAACUAUGACACGUUCAUCGCAUUAAACAAGGUCAAUUCAAUAACAGGCCGUUGCAUGAUAACACUGAAAAAUAAGUCUGUGAUUGCCGUUUGUGAUUGCUGUACAUCAAGAGCAACAAUGGAUGGAAGCACAACAGCAAUACUGUAUUCUACUGACUUGAACAUUUCCAGCAACUUAUCAGGUACGACGGAUCUAACUGUACAUUUCACUCCCAGAGAGUGGCUACUGCUCGUAGGACUGAGUCUGAUGAUUCUUUGCGUCAUCUUUGGUAACAUUCUGAUCCUCGUUGCUGUGUUUAAGCAUCGGCCCCUUCAGACUCCUCCCGUGUACCUCAUUGCUUCGUUGGCCGCGUCAGAUCUUAUGGUGGGUCUGAUGGUCAUGCCCAUCAGCCUGACGCAAGAACUGACCGUGGAGUGGAAGUUUGGCGUUGCCGUUUGCGACAUCUGGAUCUCUCUGGAUGUCCUAUGCUGCACGGCUAGCAUCUUGAAUCUCUGCGUCAUUGCAUUAGAUCGCUACUGGGCUAUUACCAAGCCACUCAAGUACAAACCCAAGCGUACACCGUCAAGGAUGCUGAUCAUGAUCGUUGCGGUGUGGGUUAUCUCAAUCAUGAUCUCAACAACACCGCUUUUCGGCUGGCGCACGGAGAUCCGAGACCCACUGACAUGCAUGAUCUCUCAGAAUCAGGUCUACACGAUCUUCUCCACGUUUGGGGCCUUCUUCAUUCCAAUGACGAUUAUGAUGGUGGUUUAUGCGCGCAUCUUUGUCGAAGCACGAAAGCGCAUCCAUGGUAAGAAAAACCUGGUCCAGACACCGUUAGGCUCCUCCUGCGGAUCGCCGGGAAGAAGAUCAACGGCUGAUUUCCCCAGAAAGAUCUCAAGUUUCUUGAGAAGAAUUUCCACCAGUGAACCAAUGAUUGAUGAGAUGAGCAGUACAAGCAACGUGUCUAAGAAGCCUGUGACAUACAACAGUCGAAGACGCAAGUCCAGCCCCGGUCUGCCGAUAGCUGAUGCAUCUAUCCUCCAAUCCCCAACCCAUGUAAGGUCCCCUCAACGUUCUUCCAUCCACAACAGUUAUACCUCACUGGCUGUCAAGCAAUCCCAGGAUCAAGGCAGCCAGUUAACGCUCACCGUGCCCUGCUCACCGUUCAUACAACAGCGUAUCAUGCAGCGACGCAAUCUAGCCUCAGCCCGGGAGCAGAAAGCCGUCAAGACCUUAGCCAUAGUCACUGGGACUUUCUUGGUCUGCUGGCUGCCAUUUUUCAUCAAUGCAUUGGUCAUACCUUUCUGUCCGCAAUGCCACCUUCCUGCCUUUUGGAACAGCCUGUUCCUGUGGCUUGGAUACUUCAAUUCCAUGAUCAAUCCCAUCCUGUACACCAAAUUCAACAAGGACUUUAAGGAUGCCUUUAGUAAGCUGCUCCACUGUCCAAAAAGGCACAACUCCACACACAGGCGUGUGCCAAUGUCGCCUUACCGUGGGGUUAACGGCAGCAGGAGAUUAUCUCACUCACAUCUCCCUGACACGAAUGGGCUUAGAGAAAGUCAACUGUAAACAUUGAUGAGUUAACAAUCUAGGUUUAGUGCUCUGUAAAAUGUAAAUGAUUAAGAACAAAUAGUGAAAACUUGCAAUGAAACUCUCAGGAAAUUAAUUUUUUUGGAAAACGAAGUUGUGCUUGCCAGACGGUUACAAAUGAAAAAGUUUGGAUGAUUUUUUUCAAUUUUAAACUGGCAAGAUUUGCCAGGGUUGUAAUUCUUGCUGUGUUUGUUGGUCAGUUUGUGUAGUCUGUUUGUUUUAUUGUUUUUGCUUUAAUAUGAACUAAACGAGGAAGUGAGAAACACUUAUAACAGGACCGAAGAAAUAAUUGUUUUAAUUUGCGAGGUGUACCAGGUUGAUGACUACCUGUUCAGUGAUGUAAGACUUUGAAAGAAGAAAACUAGAAACUUGAGGCAAAAAAUACAAGUCAGAUAAAAGGGGCCAAUAAAAAGGACCACACACUUCCUUGUUCACAAAGUUGAUAUAACUCCAUAAACCCUGAUAUAGGCCUACUAAUGUGUAUCUUUCCAAGCAAACCAAUGGUUCCUUUUUUCUUUUUGUGUGAAUGCAGUGAGAUUGAAAAUGAGUCAGAUGACAAUAUGAACUGCAAACACUGUAUAUUAUGGAAGCGAAAACUACUGAUACGUGUACAUCAUUUUUUUCCCCAAUGUUUGUACUUAUUUCUGUGGAAUAACUCACACUGAUUAAUACUUUUACAGCAGGGUUCAACUUUAGCGGUAGCCCGCUAGCCAAAUGCUAGUCAAAAUAGCGGCAGGAUAGUCAAAGUAUUCCUUUUUAAAAGUAGCCUGGCUGGCGAGUCAAAAAUUAUUUUGCUACAGCAAAGAUGAAAGUACAGAAAGAAAUAAAUCAUCCGCUUAUUAAAAACACUGACAAGAUUGCCUCAGGAUACACGUUUAACAUGUAUGCUCAUUGUUGUUUAUCAGACACUCUAUAAUUUAAUGCGUAAAUAAAGCAGUUUGUGAAAUUUUAAAUCUGUUCUUAAAAACUAUGACUGUAAAAAAAUGUACUAUGUACAGUUAUGACUAUCAAGGGUUAUCAACAUUGCAAAAACUAGUAAUCAAAUUGCAAAACUGGUUUUUAAUGUAAAGGUGAAUGCUCUCAAAUAAACCAAAAAUAUUUUUCUCCCCAA